GCACACGUGAAAAGCGUGGAAUUUGUUUAUUGAGAGAUUUUGUUUUCUUUUAAUUGUGCUUGUUGAUUGUUUGAUAUUCUUCAAUUAUUUGUGAAAUUUAAUUGUUAUUUUAUUCUUUACAAUGGAGGCUAGUGAAGUUGAAGCUUUCGAUGAUUUUGGUUUGGAUCAUCGGCUGUUAAAAUCUAUUAAGAUGGUCGGUUGGUCGAAACCUACUGGAAUUCAAUCUGCUGUGAUUCCUUUUGCUCUUGAAGGUAAAGAUAUUCUAGUAAGUGGACGUACUGGUUGUGGUAAAACUGCUGCUUAUUUAAUUCCAAUUAUAAAUAAGAUAAUUGCUGAGAAACAAUACAACAGUGAACAGCAAACAAGUGCUGUUAUUUUAGCUCCAACCAAAGAGCUUUGUCGACAAAUUUUUCUCACAGCAACACAAUUAAAUCGAUCAUCAUCCAAUUUGAUUCGUAUAUCAUCACUAUUGGAAGGUAAAGAUGAGAAGUUAAAUUCGACAAUUCUCGAAGAUCAAGAUAUAAUCAUCGCCACACCAAGUAAAUUGAUUAAAUAUCAUAAAAUGAAAAGUCUUUGUGCUGGACUCAAGUUCUUGGUUGUUGAUGAAGCUGAUCUGGUUUUCAGUUUCUUCUUUAAGAAUGAAAUUUUGGAAAUUUUCACCACCGCCAUGGGCAAUUCAGUUUGUCAAUGUUUCCUGGUUUCGGCUACAUUAGAAGCCGCUGCUGAUGAUAUUAAAGAGAUGAAAAAGUUUCUCAAAAAUCCAGUCUCAUGUAAAUUAGAGGAACCCGAUAUUAUUGAGAGUCUUGAUCAAUAUGUAAUCAAAUGUGACGACGAUGAGAAAUUUGUUAUUCUAGCAGCUCUAUUCAAAUUAAAUCUAAUUGCUGGUAAAACAAUUAUCUUCGUAAAUACAACCAACAUGUGCUAUAAGAUUAAAUUGUUCUUGGAACAAUUUGGAAUCAAAAGUUGUGCUUUAAACUCUGAAUUACCUGUUAAAUCACGUUGUUUAACCAUUGAAGAAUUUAACAAAGGUCUUUAUGAAAUAAUCAUCGCCAAUGACGCUAUUUGGUCGAGUGGUGAUGCCGAUGGAGUAAAAGAUGAGACCAAUGAUGGCGAUUCUAAAAAGAAGAAGAAAAAACCUGAACAUCAAAAAGAAUUAUCAAAUGUUUCCAGAGGAAUUGAUUUCCAAUUUGUGUCUAAUGUGAUUAACUUUGAUUUCCCUUUAACUGUUGCCUCUUACAUCCAUAGAGUUGGUCGAACCGCUCGAGGUUCUCAUGAUACCGAUGGGACAGUUUUAUCGCUCAUCUGUCCAAAAGAAAUGCCUCGAUAUGAAUUGAUGAGCGAAAAGCUUCAAGUUGAUUCCAAUUUUAAGCCUUACAAUUUUCGAAUGGAAGAACUUGAACCUUUCAGAUAUCGAUCAAGAGACGCAUUAAGAGCGGUAACCGGAAUAGCGAUCAAGGAAGCUCGAAUUAAAGAAAUUCGUAAAGAAAUUUUAAGCUCCAAAAAACUCGAAGCUUAUUUUAAGGCUAAUCCAAAAGAUUUAAAAGUUCUCACCCAAGAUAAAACUCUAGGAACAACUAAACAAAAGUUCAACCAUCUUAAACAUAUUCCCGAUUAUAUUGUUCCCCCAACUCUUCAAGGUGCAGUCCAUUUAACCGGAAAUCGAGGACGAAGGAAAAGAGCUGGUGAAGAUUCGGGUUCCCUACAAUUGGUUUCACAUUCGAUAAAGAAGAAAAAAAAUCACAGUAAAAAGAACAAGAAUAAUCCUUUCUAUCUAAGUUAACCAAAUUAUCUCUUCUCUUCUGUAUCAAUAAUUGUCACCAAGACACAAUUAUAACUCUAAUUGUCUUUGUGUGUGUAUUAAAACAAUCAAUCAAUUGCAAUCAUA